AUGCCUUGUAGUCUACGCGUGCUUGACCUUCAUUCUAACCAGCUCCAGGGGAAAAUCCCAGUUCUCUCAUCACCUCAUGUUUUUGCUCUAGAUUACUCAAGGAAUAAUUUCAGCUCUAGCAUUCCGGAUGACAUCGGUGCAUAUUUCACUAGUAACACUAUAUUCUUCUCUGUUGCAAGCAAUAACCUCCAUGGGAUCAUUCCAAGGUCAAUAUGCAAUUCACAAUCUCUCGAGAUACUUGAUCUGUCCAACAAUUCAUUGAGCGGAAGCUUUCCUCAGUGCUUGACUACAAUGAAAGCUCUUGCAGUGCUUAAUUUGAGGAGAAACAACCUUACAGAUUAUAUUGCUGAUAAAUUUCCUCAAAGUUGCAGCUUACAAAGUCUAGACUUAAGUGGAAAUCAGAUACAAGGACAAUUUCCAAAAUCUCUAACCAACUGCACGAAGCGAGAGGUUUUAAUUCUUGGAAAAAAUCAGAUAACAGAUGCCUUUCCAUGCUUUUUGAAGAACAUAUCUACUUUGCGUGUCCUUGCUUUGCAAUCCAAUAAGUUUUAUGGGCACAUUGGAUGUGCCAAGACUAAUGGCACUUGGCCAAUGCUUCAGAUCAUAGAUUUAGCAAACAACAAUUUUGAUGGUGAAAUACCAGGAUCAUCUUUGUCAACCUGGCAGGCAAUGAUGGCUAACAAAGAUGAUGCUGCAUCAAAGCUCCAUCACCUUCAAUUUCACAACCAGUAUUUUUGUCAGGAUGCAAUUACUGUGACUAGCAAAGGCAUAGAUAUGGAGUUGGUAAAGGUUCUAACUGUCUUCACCUCAAUUGACUUCUCAUGCAACAAGUUCAAUGGACCAAUACCUGAGGAAAUUGGAGAAUUGAAAUCCUUGCGUGUACUGAACCUGUCGGGUAAUGCUUUUACAGGUGAAAUCCCAUCAUCAUUAGGAAACUUGCAACAACUCGAGUCCUUAGACCUCUCACAGAACAACCUGGGCGGCCAAAUUCCACCACAGCUUGCAAAACUUACUUUCCUUUCAUUCAUGAAUGUGUCAUACAAUCAACUGGUUGGGGAGAUCCCAAAAGGUACUCAGAUUUCAACAUUUUCGAAAGCUUCAUUUGUAGGUAAUAAAGGAUUAUAUGGGCCACCGUUGACAGCAGAAAACAGACCAGUGUUGUCACCACCAACAUUAGAAGGAAGCCAUCAAAAUUCUGGAGGUGAGAUUUAUUGGGGUCUAAUCAGUGCUGAAAUUGGAUUUACAUUUGGAAUCGGAAUGGCGAUUGGAUCACUUUUGUUUUGCAAGAGAUGGAGAAAUUGGUACUACAAAGCUAUGUUUAACAUCCUUGUUAAGAUAUUCCCUCAAUUGGAAGAAAGAUGUGGUAAUUAA